UAUGCCAUCCUAGGCUCCCCAGUAAGCUCCCAGAGUACCGAUACACAGAAGAACCACCCAUCCGAAUUGUAAGGUGAAAUUAUCUCACUCAUGGUUCCAGAACUAGAGAAAGCUCGAGUAACAGAGUUACAUGUCCGAAUGGACUGCAACGGCUGUGUGCAGAAGAUCAAGAAGGCAAUGCAUGGAAUUGAUGGUGUAUAUGAUGUCUAUGUUGACUCUGCUAAACAGAAGUUGACAAUCGUGGGGAGGGCUGAUCCUGAAAAGAUAGUCAAAGCCAUCAAGAAGACAGGAAAGAUUGCCACAAUCUGUUCCCACACAGAACAGGUCGAGGCCAGUGGCUCUGAGCAGCCACCAUCCACCGAAGCUGCAGCAAGCAGCAGCCCACCAGCCACUGAACCUGCUGACCAACCUCCAAGCGAGGCCCCUCCCACCCCACCAGCAGAGCCCCCGCAAGAAGCCCCUUUCGGAGAAACCAAAGCUCCAGAAAUAAAUCCAUCACCUGAAGCCCAGGAUGCCACCCCAACCGAAUCUAAAGAUGUCGAGGAGAUCCACAUGGUGCAUCGCUACCCACACAGCUACAUCUACAGAGAGCACUGGAAUCACUACCCUACUAGUGGACAUGAGAUCAGACAUGAGGCUUCAUCCCAUGUUGCCCACAGCUAUAGCAGCUACAGGCCAUCCCCAUAUGUAACAGGAUAUGGACACCUCCAAUCAGCUCCACAGGACAUUAGAUAUGGUGGGGCAGAAGCACUCCAUGAUGGUUAUUAUCAUAACCAGGGAGGUGGAGAUGGAAACCAGAUUACCUCUAUCUUCAGUGAUGAGAAUCCAAAUGCAUGCAGGAUAGUGUAAGCAAUGAAUAGGUUGUAAAAUCAGAUGUACGAGGAAGAAGAUAGCACAGACAAAGGCGCUGCAGAACUUUACUUUUGCAUAUAUAAGAGUAUUAAUUAAGAAGCUGAGGGCAAUGAUAAGAAAAAAUAAUGUACAGUGGAGGCAGCUUUAAACAAUAAAUCUCUAGAUGAGGAAAGAAGAUAAUCAGAUACUUAGCUUGUCGCAAAUGAGAAAAUUUCCUUAUACAUACUUAGCUUGUAGCAGAAGAGAGAAUUUCCUAAUACAUACAUAGCUUGUAGCA